AUGUCGUCUACCGACACGUCUUCGUCGAGUGACCCCCCAGUAGCCUCUAGCAGCAGCUCCAAGGAUAUAACCACGAUCUCGAAAGAAAUGCAGGAUGAGACAAAGCAGGAAAAGGACGAGAAGAAACUUCCGCCCCUGAAGGGAGCUGAAUUCCGUGCCUACAAUCGUUUAGCCGAACAUAUGGAUCUAUUCCACGCCCAUUUCCGUACGGCGUGGAAUACGCUAUGGGCGGCGGCUUGCGCAGGGAACGGUAGCAAGAACAAAUCGUCAUCGCGAAGUGGACGGUCUAUCAUUAGUGACGGAUUGGCGUUCGUGGCUCAGCUCGAAGUGCACCACAACAUCGAAGAGACAUACAUAUUCCCUAUACUAGCUCGGCGGAUGCCCGAGUUCCAAAAUGACGGGAAGGGUGGUAAGAACGCAGCGGAGUUGUUGCGACAACAUCGCGAGAUUCACGACGGCAUGGAGGGUAUGCGCAAGUACCUUAGAAGUUGUCGCGACGGUGAACAGGAUCUAGACAUGGGAACGUUAAAGGCACAAAUGGAGAACUGGGGAACCAUACUCUGGACCCAUCUCGAUCAAGAGGUUGCGACGCUGGGUGCUGAGAAUAUGAGGAAAUAUUGGACCGCCGAGGAAAUUAGACGGAUACCCAUGUAG